AUCAAACCAAGAACACAAAAGAAAAAACAGAAGAAGGAAGGACGAGCACGUUGUUGCGCGAAGACGAUGAUGAACAUGCUGGCGAUGCACAGGUUUGCGGCAGUGGGUCGGAUGCCAGUGACAGCGGCGGCGGCAGCGAUGCGACUCGCCACAGCAACCGCGCAGCGAACCGGUGUGCGCGCAGCAACAACAGCGGCAAAGAGGAUGCAGUGCGCUCAGCAGCUGCGCCAUGCUGCAGGCAUUCAACGCGCUUUUCAGGGGCCAGCGUCCUGCAAGAACAACUCCCUAGUGUGCCGGCGGCCACUGCACACCACGGCGUGCACACACAUGUCGUCGUCCACGGCCACUGAUGCCCCAAAGGAGCAGCAAGAACGGGUGUUGCUGUACGAGGCACCCAUUGCCAGGCCUGUGCGUACGUUGAAGGUCGUCUCCGUCACCAGUGCCACCCUCACCCUGCUGUUUCUUCCAGCGUCCAUCUUCAUUGGCAAUCCAGACAUGUCCGCCAUGGCCAAGGUGGCACUUUCCACCACCGUUUGCUGCUUUGCAGGCGCAACAACAGGUGCGCUGCACUGGGCAACAAAGUCGUAUGUCUGCAACAUCACCGUGUCGCACGAGGAUGCCGAGAAGCUGAAGCGCGGGGAGGACUGCAGCGACAUCUCGCUGACAGCAGAGACAGUCUCCUUCUUUGGAGGCGUGAAGCAGACAACCUUCUCGGCAGCAGACGUGACAUAUCCCACAGAUGACCCGGCCUUUAAAUCCUUCUUCGUCGGGAACCAGAGCUUCUUCGUGCAUGGGGAGGUGGUUGGCCCCAACAGCCCGCUGCGCAAAGUCCUCAAGCAGCUGAAGACCGGCUGACACCCAAAGGCGCCGAAGGAAGGAAGGAAGGAAGGAGGAGGAGGAGGAGGAGGAGGAGG